AUGGGCAACGCCCAGUCCACCCUGCCCCAAGUCCUCCAGCCGCCGCCCUCGCCCGGCAAGUCCGGCGCGAACAGGCUCAGGAACGUCUUCAAGAACAAGGGCAAGCAGCGCGCCGUCACCGCCCCGGCCACCUCCCCGCUCGGCAUCGCGCACGAUCCACCGACGCCGCCCCCAAAGUCGCCCAGGUCCCAACCACAGCCGCCGGCACCCGCACCCGCCCCAGCGCCUACGCCUGCACCGCAACCACUCCCGCGGCAGCAGCGGCCACUGGAAGUUGACACGGGCAAGAAGGAGGACUGGCGCAGGUCGGACGCGACGAUGGCCAGCCACCACACCAUUCGCCCGCGCUCAGGCACCGCACCACGACCGGUGUCGAUGGCGGAGAGCACAAGCACGGUGAUGGCGCACCGCCGGCUCAGCGCCCUCGUGGCAGAGGCUGAGUUUGUGCUCCCCGACGACGACGACGCACAGGCGCGGUUGAACACCCUAAACGGGACGAGGAAGCGCCACUCGAUGACCCUCCACUUUGCCGCCUCGCCCUCCCCCACCCUCGCCACUCCGCCCGCGACAAGCAGCGCAGCGGCAGAGGGCUACAUCGGGGCCGCACAGCGCGACGGCAGCUCGCACACGGCCGGCAGCCAGAUCCGCGGCAGGCUCGCGGCAUGGACCACCGCCUCCGCUUCUGGUCACGGAAACACCCCGCCGGCCAUCACCGUCGACGAGCACGGCGGCUGGGCUGCCCCUCAACACACUGGCUGGGUGCCGCAGAAGCUGGCCAGGGAACCCACACUCGUCCGGCACGAGCCCCAGCCCCAGGCGCCCUCCGGCAUGCUCGGCUUUGGCCGUCGCGUCGUGCGUGCGCUAGGCAUGCAGAUGCCCGGUCAGGGGCACGACACCCCGCCAAGCCGUAGCCCGACUCCUGAGCGCCGCGGCCCCCGUCGCACGCCCAACGCACCCAGCGGCACAUGGAGCGUGCACACCGCCGACUCGAGCAUGUCUUCUCAGUCCCAAGGCAACUCCCUCGGCCCCUGUCUGCGAGGUCCGAGGGCUCAGAGCGGCCUCGUCUUUGGCCGCCCUCUCAACGACGCCGUGCGCGAUACCGCCAUCGAGCAUGUGCGCACUGCGAUGGACGGUACGCUAGUUCCCUCUGAUGCUCCAGCUUUUGAUCACGCUGCGGCUCAUCCAUUCAUACAUCUACACCAUACGGGUUUCGCUGAUGCUCGGUCUCUUUCUACAGGCGAAAACGGCUGGUCCGACCCCGGCCCAUCUGCACCGCUCACGGACCGCGCGCUUCCGGCGCUCGUCGUGAGAUGCGUGCAGCAUAUCAUGACUUGGGGGCUCGAGGAGGAGGGGCUCUUCCGAAUCAGCGGUCGCGCAUCACACAUCGCGCGCCUACGCUCAGAGUUCGACACAGGCGCCGAUUUUGAUCUCCAAGCGAGCCCGCCAGGCGAGCUCGACCCGCACGCCGUCGCGAGCAUCUUCAAGGCGUACCUGCGCGAACUCCCCGAUCCAAUCCUGACGAAGCAGCUGACCCCGCUUUUCGAGGCCGCAAUGGACGCCGAGAACGAGACGAGAAGGAGCAUCGAUACCGCCGCAUCCGUCGCGUCUGCGCCCGCUUCCAUGCCGACGCAGAUGCCCAUGCCCAUGCCGCGGCGCCUGACGCUCGAGUCCGGCGGCUGUGGUCUGCCCUCGAGCCCGCGACCGGCCGCUGCGGCCGCUGCUGCGGCCGUGAACAACAGCGUGAACAGGCCCUCGCCGCUUUCGUCCUCGCCCGCGUCUACGGCUUCGUCCCCGAUGUCGCCGCCCGCCGGCCCGAUCCCGUCGUUGACACAACCCGCAUUAGCGAUCGCGCCGCCCUCCGCGGCGCUUUUGCGUCGGUUCCGGGCUCUUGUCGCCCGCUUACCACGCGCACAUCGCGAUCUUCUUCGGACCGUUUCCAGUCUUAUCCGGGCGACUGCAUCACGAAAAGAGACGCGUAUGCCGCUGAGCAACUUGACGGUUGUUUUCUGCCCUAGUCUGGGUCUCAGCCCGAGUAUUCUGCGCGUAUUGUGCGAGCAAGAGGAGAUCUGGACACCGCUUAGCAAUGAGGAGAUCGAGGAGAUGCGGAGGGAGCAAGAGGUGCUCGAGAGCGCUACCUCCGACAGGGAUGGCUCCGAUGGAAGCGGCCAGGAGAUCGAAGUUCCCGAGCCAGAGACGCCCGUACCACAGACGCCCGCCGACGUCCGUGCGAUGUACGCCAUCAAUGCGCUCCCGACUUCGGCUUCGCAGCACACUCAGGAUAACGACACUGCGUCCUUCGCGCUUUCCUCCGCGUCUUCGUCUUCGCUGGCUACACCCGACAGCAACGCAGCAUCUCGCGAAGAGCUGGCAUUGCAUGCCCGUCGUACACCGAUACACACAAGCCCCAGUGCGCCGAAUCUCAGCUUGAGGAGAGCAGUGGCGCCCGGUAUGAGCAUCCGGAGUUUCAGCUCAAAGAGCAGUCUUGCGAGCUCGAACGUCAAGAUCUCGGGCCCGUUGGAGCUUAUGGAUGUUUCUUCACCCACGACGAGCACGGCCAUCAGCUUCCCGUCGCCGACGCCAUCGCUCGGUCCUGGCUCUGAGAUGCAGCAGUUCCCCUCCACAGUCCCCGGCACGCACUUCCCGCGCACAGAGUCUGAAGAUGACCCCGAGCAGCCGCAGGAAAGGCCGUUCUCGCGACCUCUGGCGAGGGCGAAGCGGCCGAGCUUGACGAUGCUCUUUGGCAAGCGGAGUCUCUCGAGUCUGCGGAACUCGAGGAUUAUGAACCUCAGCCCGCUGAGCCCGCGUACGGCCAGCCAACCGCUCGUACAGUCUCGCGCGUCGGAUGGCGCCGGGACGAGGGAUACGGUCUACGGAGGUAGCGCGAGCGAAGGCGCCAGUGCGAGUGCCAGCGCUGGUGUAUCGCGCCGCGCGAGUGUGCUGGAUAUGGGACUGUCGCUGUCGCGUAGGGCGAGCGCGUUGAGUCGGCGCGCGAGCGUGAUGGAUCCUGCGGCCAAAGCGAGCGAGGAGAGAGAACGCGUGGAGAGCGCGCCGCCUGUGCUUGAGCUCGGGAUCGAGACGAGUCCGCUGCGCGUGCCGGGGAUGAUCUCGCCGCUGGCCACGGAGGAGUUCUCGCCUAUGCAGACGGCGGUGCCAGAGGUCGUGCGGCGCACAACACCGCCGAUCGAUACAGCCGCGGCGAACGAGCAGCACACCGAUACGAGCAAGACGGAGAUCACGCCGCUCGGCGAGCUUCCGGCGCCGUAUAACCGGCUCAGCCUCUGGGAGGACGAGUCGGAUGCGGCGGACGGGGGGCUCGAUGGGGAGUGGGCGAGUAGUGUGUUGCUCGCUGCCGAUGCGGGGUGGCUGGGCGCCGAGCGCACGGCGUCGUCGUAG